CUACUUGAAGUCUCUGCUUUGGACACCAUACCACUAAGGUCAUGUGUAGAGUUGUUCUGUCAUCGGUUUAUGAGGACUACUUUGGAAACCUGGAUUUGUGUCUGUGUUUUUCUCCAAUAUUGUAGUUCAAAGGAAAACAAGAAAUACCUGCGAUGUUUUGGAGCGUGCUUCUUUUUACAGCCCUGUGUGGCUUUGCAGCAGCCUCCACUAAGUCUGAACAGGAUCGACACUGGGGACUAUGGAAGAAAAUGCAUAAUAAAGUUUAUUCUGAAGAGCUUGAGGAUCUUGGCCGCAGGCGGAUAUGGGAAGAGAACUUGGAUAUGAUUAAUGUCCAUAACCUGGAAGCGUCUCUGGGCUUACACUCCUAUGAGCUGGCAAUGAACCACCUGGGAGACCUGACCAAUGAUGAAAUCAUUAGCACCUUGAUAGGUACGGUUGUGCCCACUAAGCUGGAUAGGGGUUCUUCCAGAGGUAUCGGGGUCAACACUCUCCCACAAUCCGUGGACUGGAGGGAUAAAGGCCUGGUAACAGAUGUCAAAAAUCAGGGUUUGUGUGGCUCUUGUUGGGCCUUCAGUGCAGUUGGGGCUCUUGAAGGACAACUCAAGAAGACCACAGGAAUCCUGGAAUCCCUCAGUCCUCAGAAUCUGGUGGAUUGCUCCAUGAACUACGGGAACCUUGGGUGUAACGGUGGCUUCAUGUCAAACGCGUUCCAUUAUGUCAUGAGUCAGGGCAUAGCAUCUGACUCGGCCUACCCCUACGUCGGCCGCCACGGUCAAUGUAAAUGUUACCCAAAGCAUCGGGCUGCAAACUGCUCUGGCUAUGUCUUCUUACCAAAGGGGGAUGAGUUUGCAUUGAAGGAAGCUGUUGCUGUAAUCGGUCCUAUCGCUGUAGCAAUUGAUGCCUCAAGACCAAAGUUUGGCUUCUACCGUCAUGGUGUGUACAGGGACCACACAUGCACUGAUAAUGUGAACCACGGAGUACUGGCAGUGGGCUACGGCACUUCUGGGAGUCAAGACUAUUGGCUGGUCAAAAACAGUUGGGGUGUGAAGUAUGGCGACCGAGGCUACAUCAAGAUGGCUCGGAAUUUAGGAAAUCAGUGUGGUAUUGCUCUCUAUGCUUGUUACCCCUUAAUGUGCUCAGAAAGUGGUUAAUGUUUUGUCUAUCAGUUUUAAAUAAACUUAAAUAAAAUUGAUUUUCAACUUUU